AUGGCGUCGACGUCGAUCCAAGUGGGGUCGGCCAUCGAGCAGGGCGUGAAGGAGCUCGAGAAGCUGAAGGAUGUUUAUGCCGACCUCUGCCAGAUACCCAUCCCCACAAAUGGGCGAAUCGUCCGCGCGCAGAAUGGAGUCGUCCAGCUUACCUCCAUCUUUUCCAACCGCGUGCUGCCGUUGAAGAAGUUUGCCCGCUCUCAACGUGUCUCUGUCCUCAACGAGACAGAGCUCGGCUUCGACCUCAUCACAUCGACUUGUCUGCCGCUAACUUCGACUGAGACCCAAACGGCCGUCUACUCGCCCUCAAACACGAAGGUGGCCCAGCUGCUCGUCGUGAAGGACACCGACAAGAAGUACUACCUCAAUGUGUUCGAUCAGCAGGAGCACGUCGAAUUGCUGUCCACCGACUUGAGCGGCCAGAAGAAGCACGGCGACAUUUUUGGGCUCGGUUGCGAACCGUUCGGUACGCUGCGCUUCUCCUUCGGCGAGGGCCACAUCCUGUACGCCGCCGAGCGGAGCGUCAAGUCGGGUCAGUUCUUUGACGCCGACGUGGAAUGGGACAACGAGGAGAAAGUGGUUGAGGCUCGACUGGGCAAAAAGUAUGAAGAAAAAGAGUCGUGGGGUGAGGCAUGCUCGGACGUGGUCAACCCGGUGCUCUGCAUUUGCGAUAUCAUCACGGGCUCGGUGACGGUGCUCGACCAAGUGCCCAAGGGGAUCUCUCCCUCAUUCGCGACCUGGGCCCCGAACGACACCGGAGUCGUGUUCUUUGGCGUUGACGACGAGCCCUUCCGCCUUGGAAAGAUUUACUGCAACAACCGGAAGGGUUCUCUCUACUACUACGACUUGGCGACCGCUAAAAUGACCGUGAUCGGGACGCCGGGCAUGGCAUGCGAGCACCCAACUUUCUCCCCCGACGGCAAAACCCUCGUUUACUUCCAACGUGCCGCCGACGGGCCCCAUCAAGCCUGCAUGCAGAUGGUCAAGGUGUCGUGGCCGUACGACGGAAGCGCCCCGGAAGAGGUCGUCGGCAUCGUGCACGACACCGUCGAGGACCCCGACGUUUUCCCCGGCUUCUACGCCGUGUCGAUGACCCAAAAGCCCUGGUGCACCGACGGUCAGCGGCUGAUCGUCGGCAGCAUCUGGCGCAGCAAAACCGAGGCGCUGAUCGUCGACACGAAGGAGGGAACUGUCACACGGCUCACGAAUAACGGCGGCCAAGUCCACGGCUCUUGGGGCGUGUUGGACGUGAACGGCGACCUGGUGCUGGCCACCGCCGCGGCGCCGAACCGCCCACACACUGUACUGCUCGGCCGCGUUCCAGCAGCCGGUGCCGAGCGCGAGAUGCUGUGGACCCGCGUGGAUGGCGUCUCGCCAACACACGAGCUGCGCCAGUCGCUGGCCGAUGUGCUGUGGAAGUUUGUGCAGUUCAAGCGAGACGGUUUGAGCCCGUACGAGGGAAUUUUGGUACAGCCCACCGAGGGGACGUCACUGCCGCUCGUCGUUUUCCCGCACGGCGGCCCGCAUAGCACGAGUAUCGCUUCAUGGCCGCGACGCGACGUUGGUCUGCUGCUGAACGCCGGCUUUGCCGUUUUGCAGGUCAACUAUCAUGGCUCACUCGGCUUCGGCGACGAAUUCGUACGGCAGUUGCCGGGCAACGUCGGCGACAUGGAGAUCAAGGAUGUGCAGCACGCUGCCGAACAAGUGCUGGCCACGGAGAAGCGCCUCGACCCGUCGCGCGUCGUCUGUUUCGGCGGCAGCCACGGAGGCUUCACCGUUUCCCAUCUGAUCGGACAAUAUCCGGACUUCUACCGCGCCUGCUGUGCCCUGAACCCGGUGCUCAACAUUUCGGCCAUGUACGAGAUCACCGACAUUACGGACUGGACAUGGUACGAGGCGCUCGGCAAGGAACCCGAGUGGACCCGCGCCCCGAACGCGGAAGAACGUGACGCGAUGGUACGAUGCUCGCCGGUUCACCACCUGGACAAGGUGAAAACUCCAUAUCUGCUUCUGAUCGGGCAAAAGGAUCUGCGCGUCGUCCCACACUACCGUGGCUUCAUACGCGCGCUGCAGGCCCGAAAGGUGCCCACCAAGGUUCUUACCUACCCGCCGUCGUGCCACCCGCUUGAAGAAGUCGAGGUUGAAGCCGACUUUUCCAUCAACAUGGUCCGCUGGUUCGAGCAGUACCUC